AUGGCACCCUCUAUUGCCGACAGCACUGCAACCCCGGUGGUUCCAAUCGCGAAAGAUACUGCCCCAGCAGUGAAGUCUCCUCUCGAAAAUGAACCUUUGAAGCUAAGCGGCUCCCUCGACUCAUUCGACUCGUUCGACGUUACCACCGUCAUUGGCAGGGAAUUUCCAACAGCCAACUUGAAAGAGUGGCUGAAUGCCCCUAAUUCCGAUGAGUUACUCCGGGACCUUGCCAUCACCAUUUCCCAACGCGGCGUCGUCUUCUUCCGCAAACAAGAUGAACUAGACGACGACUUGCAGAAGGAACUCAUCCAGCGCCUGGGCAUUCUCGCCGGUAAACCCAGUACAUCCGGUCUUCACGUGCACCCAAUCCACAACUCGAACCGUGAACAUGCUGCCAAAGACGACGAGAUCAGCGUCAUCACCUCCAAGGAUAAUGAGAAACUGUAUAGGGACCGUUAUAGUAAAAUAACGCAGAGUGGCAGGAAGCAAUGGCACAGCGAUAUCACCUUUGAGCCCAUUCCUAGCGAUUAUACCGUUUUGCGUCUGACACAGCUGCCCAAGACUGGUGGUGAUACACUCUGGGCCUCUGGAUACGAGGUAUAUGAUCGCAUUUCGAAGCCAUACCAAAAGUUCUUGGAUAGUUUGACGGCAACAUAUGCCCAACCCGAGUUCAACCAGGUUGCCAAGGAAAACGACUUUGAAAUCUUCACCGGCCCUCGGGGUGCGCCAGAGAAUGUAGGGGAGGUGUUGAAGGCCAUUCAUCCUGUUAUCCGUACUAACCCCGUAACGGGGUGGAAGAGUGUGUUUGCUGUGGGACAUCAUGUUGCCAAAAUCAAUGAUCUUUCUGAGGAGGAAAGCAAUCAUUUGCUAAGGUGGUUUGUGACUUUGAUCGUUGAGAAUCAUGAUUUGCAGGCUCGUCUGAGGUGGCAGAAUCCGAAUGAUUUGGCUAUCUGGGAUAACCGCAGCGUCUACCAUGCGGCGACUUUCGACUACGAUCAUCUUGGUCCGAGAACGGGCCAUCGUGUAGUUGGUCUAGGGGAGAAGCCAUAUUUUAAUCCGAAGAGCACAAGUCGACGGGAGGCAUUGGAGCAACAGGAAGCAUAG